GGCGUCCGCGCGCCGAGGCGGAAGUCGCGCUCUCCCUCCGCUCCCGCUGCCCGGCGGCCGCCACCAUGGUGCGGAAGCUUAAGUUCCACGAGCAGAAGCUGCUGAAGCAGGUGGACUUCCUGAACUGGGAGGCCACCGACCACAACCUGCACGAGCUGCGCGUGCUGCGGCGCUACCGGCUGCAACGGCGCGAGGACUACACGCGCUACAACCAGCUGAGCCGCGCGGUGCGCGAGCUGGCGCGGCGCCUGCGCGACCUGCCCGAGCGCGACCCGUUUCGCGUGCGCGCCACGGCCGCCCUGCUGGACAAGCUCUACGCGCUGGGCCUGGUGCCCACGCGCGGCUCGCUGGAGCUCUGCGACUUCGUCACCGCCUCGUCCUUCUGUCGCCGCCGGCUGCCCACCGUGCUGCUCAAGCUGCGAAUGGCGCAGCACCUGCAGGCCGCCGUGGCGUUCGUGGAGCAGGGCCACGUGCGCGUGGGCCCGGACGUGGUCACCGACCCCGCCUUCCUGGUCACUCGCAGCAUGGAGGACUUCGUCACCUGGGUGGAUUCGUCCAAGAUCAAGCGGCACGUGCUGGAGUACAACGAGGAGCGCGACGAUUUUGACCUGGACGCCUAGCGGGCGUCCCCGUGGCUCCCGCGUGCAGAUGGGAGCCUUGGGGCCGGACGCUGGACUGUCCGGCGUCACCCGAGCGUGCGCCUGCCGGGCCUCGCGUCGCGAGAACUUUGCUCUUCCCCUGCGGGCCGGCUGCGUAGACCCCGGGCUGCUGCUGAUUAUUGUGGGACUGUCCAGAGGGAGCGUGGAAGCGGGUGGUGCUGCCUGGGGGACCCCGAGACACCCGUGUGCAAACACGGAAUUCUGGCGCUCCCACGCCCACUCCAGCUGCUCAUCUGUUGUUUUGUAACGGGACGGUGUGGUUGGCUCUGAUCCUCUCUUGGCUCUUAUUAAACUGUAGAGGUGAUGUGAGAUGUCAGUGUUGUGUCCCCUCCCUCCUCCAAGGGAACUGCUCCCUAAUGCCAAUAAACAGCCCAAGUGCUCCGUAAGGUGCAAGU